AUGGACAUCUCAGUUCCUACAACGGCUGUCACCUGGCAGAACAGCAGUAAUGGCUCGGAGACAGACUGUCCUCCAGAAGCUCAGCAUGUGUCCCUCACCGUGCUCCUCUGCCUGGUCUAUUUGGUGGGGCUUUUUCUCAAUGGCUUCAGCCUGUGGGUCUUCACUUGCAAGAUAGGCAAAUGGAGGACUGGCACUGUUCUGCAGUUCAACCUGGCCAUUAGUGAUGCCAUCGCCUGUCCAGCCACACCGCUGAUGGCUGCCUACUUUGCCAAAGGGAGCAACUGGGAGUUUGGAAAUUUUGCAUGCCAUCUGAAAAUAGCCCUGCUUAGCGCUCACUUCUACGGCAGCAUCGCGUUCCUCACCCUGAUCAGCAUUCAUCGCUAUGUGAUGGUGGUCCACAUCAAACAAGCUUCACCAAUGAAAAGGAAAGGCUUUGUGAAGAAACUAUGUAUUGGAGUGUGGUGUUUUUUGGCGGUGAAAGCCAUCAUCUAUGGGGUUCUUCUGCCUGUUACAACCGAUGAAGGCCACCAGCAAUGCCUUUCCAUACACCAGAAGAAACUUACGGACUCGUACUUCACCAUCAACUUUGUGCUCUUCAUUUUUGGCUUCCUCAUACCUUUCACCAUAUCUGUGGUUUGCUACAGCCGCCUGGCCCACUCGCUGUCCCGCGUCAAUGUGAAUUCCCCUCAAGGCCAAGCAAUCAAAAUGAAGUCUCUGAGGAUGAUGGGAAUAUGCUUGGUCAUCUUCGGACUGUGCUUCCUUCCUCUCAAUAUUGUGCGGACAGUUGGUGUAAUUGUUAAGAAGUACUACCCCACGCGCUGUCCUCUUCUUCUACAACUGGAAACCGCAUAUUAUGCAACCUUCAUCUUGGGAGGAAUCAACUGUUGCUUGGACCCCCUUAUUUACUUCUUUGGCUCACAUAAUUUCAGCAAAGCAUUGAGAAAAUCUCUGAGAAAAACAAAGGUCAAAGAACAAGAAAGAGACAACAGAAGUGAAUCAGACACAGUAAGCUACUCUGCAAAAAGAAGUGGUGUUUAUACAGUAUCUACAUGAACCAUUUAUGCUUUUAUUUGGUGUUUUUGGUUAUUAUA